GAAAGCCCUAAACUUGACAGCACCAACAAAAACAACAGUUGAGAUUAAAGAGUACGAACGAUCCAGCAACCAUCCGCAGACACAAUGCUUCAAUUCCCAUUCUCCGAUCCGAGUCCUAAUUUCAACCCCAAUUCAAAAGCCUCCACCUUUAUCUUUCCAGCCCCACCCCCACCCCCACCCUGACCCUGUCACCUCCUUGCAUCUCCUACCACUUAAGUCAGGUCGUGCCUCUAGCACCAAUUGAUUCCUUUUUACAUCCUUCUCUCCUCCAGAUGGUCAGCUAAGGCGGUUUUUAAGUCCUUUUCUGCACCGCCUGAGAAGUUGUAUCAGGCGAAGUCAAAACCCUUUUCACUACAAUGGAAGGCUUUGGUGGCUUGGGGUUCAGUAACGUUAGCAGUGCUACAAGGAAGAAAAGGAGCAGUAAAUCUCGUCGCCCUCGGAAUGAAGCCCAGCAGCAAUCAGAAUUUCAUGAUAUAUCAUCAUUGUCAUCCACACCUCCUUCAGACAAUAAUUUGAUCAAUAUUGAAGAUGGAAAACAAGGAGAUUCUGAUGAAGCUUCUAAUGAUGGAACUUUUCGAGGUGGCAAUGAGUGGAAGCAGAGUGGACUGGAUUCCAAAAGGCACAGUGAAGGUGUUCUUGCCCCAACUAAUUGGAAAAGCACGAGCAAUGAUGGAAGUUUUGGAGUUGUUUCAGAUGGAUUAGAAAAUGAGAAGAAAGUAAAAAAGGUUAAACUUAAGGUUGGUGGUGUUACACGCACCAUAGAUGCCAAAUCUGUUACAGAUGGCUCUUCAUCUGGGAAAUCUACUCGCUUUUCAGGUGCCUCUCAUUCACUCCAGAAAUUUGUCAUCCAGGAUAUCUCUGAUGACCAUCCUUCCGUUAUCCGAGAAAAGGGCAAUGGUCUAAGAGGGGCUCCAUGGAAGGAUUCCUUACAAAGCGGUUUAAGUGCUGGAAAGGUAGAUCCCUCAAGUGGUAGGGUAUCUGAUGACAGUUUCUCAACAAAGUAUGAUACUAUCCGUAAGAGUAAGCGCGUUCCUAAGAAACGGCUGUUGGAGGGAGUUCUUGAUGAUGAUGAAGAUGAUGAUGAGAUUCGUUACCUUGAGAAGGUCAGAACAACAAGGACAACUGCUGAUUAUGGUGUGGACUAUGAAGAUGAUGAAGGGGAUAGAAAACUAAGAAAGAUAUCAAAGGUAUUGAAGAGGGAUAUGCAUGCCCUCUAUGAUGUGGAAUUGGAAAAUUAUCCCUCAUCAAGAUUGGGCAAGGAUGGUAAGAAGUCAAGAUCAGCAAGAGCAUCUGAAGAUACGGAUUAUGUGGAAGAGGAAGAAUCAGUCUCUGAUGUUGAACCUGAAAAUAGGAAGAAGAAAGCAAGAAAGGAGACAAUUGAUUUGCUGGGGGAUUCAAAGAAGGAAAUGACUGUUACUACACGUCAGCGAGCCCUACAAACUGGAAAAGAAAUCUCUUCUAGUUUGAAUGUCAAUCAAAUUGAAUUCCCAAAUGGAUUACCUCCUGCUCCAUCUAAAAAGCAAAAAGAGCAACUUUCUGAAGUUGAGCAGCAACUGAAGAAAGCUGAGGCUGCUCAGAGGCGUAGGAUGCAAGUGGAGAAGGCAGCUAGAGAAUCUGAGGCUGAAGCAAUCAGAAAAAUUCUGGGGCAAGAUUCCAGCAGGAAGAAGCGGGAAGAUAAGAUGAAAAAGAGGCAAGAAGAAUUGGCACAGGAAAAAGCUGCUAACGCUACGGUACUGAAGUCUGACUCUGUGAGAUGGAUCAUUGGCCCUUCAGGAACGGUUGUAACUUUCCCUGAUGAGAUCGGAUUACCAAGUAUAUUUGACGCCAAACCUUGCAGGUAUGUUUGAUGCUCUUCCAAUUUAAAUUGUUUAGAUAAUAAACGUUUAAAGCUUCUAUAAAAAAAUUUUUAAAAAAUGAAAAAAUGGAAAAAAAAAAGGUACUUUUGGAAGAAUUGUGAAUAAGGAACCUUUUAUGUCUGAAUAAUGACAAUGAUCAUGAAAACAAUUAUCCCCGUGUUAGAAUGAUAUAACCCACGUUGUUCAUGAAAAUU